UUCUUUACCCCUCACCUCUCAUAAGGACUCCUACAGCUACUAAUUAAUGGCUUCCCCUAAUUCAUGUCUUCAAUCUGCUCCUAUUGAUUAUGAAACUAAACACAUCUCAAAAUCAGUACCCCAGCAAAGUGUCCUAGACAUUGAGGUCACCACACUUGAAAUGGAAGCUAUUAGAGCUCCAAAAAAGAAUGGAGGAGAAGCUAAGACAGAAGAGGUGGGUAUCUUUCUGACAUGGAAGGAUCUAUGGGUGACUGCUUCAAAGGGAAAGAAUGGAAGCAAAACAAUUCUUGAGGGUCUAACUGGUUAUGCCAAGCCAGGGCAGCUCUUGGCCAUAAUGGGUCCUUCUGGUUGUGGCAAGUCUACACUACUUGAUACUUUAGCAGGGAGAUUAGGUUCAAACAUAAGGCAAACGGGGGAGAUUCUGAUCAAUGGUCGCAAACAAGCACUUGCUUAUGGAACCUCGGCAUAUGUCACACAAGAUGAUACAUUAUUGACAACCUUAACUGUUAAAGAAGCGGUGCACUAUUCAGCUCAACUCCAAUUACCUGACUCCAUGUCCAAGGCAGAGAAAAAAGAGAUAGCAGACUUUACAAUAAGAGAAAUGGGUUUGCAAGAUGCCAUUAACACAAGAAUUGGAGGGUGGGGUUCUAAAGGCAUUAGUGGGGGUCAAAAGAGGAGAGUGGGCAUAUGCAUCGAGAUCCUAACACGUCCUAAACUUCUCUUUCUUGAUGAACCAACUAGUGGACUUGAUAGUGCAGCUUCCUAUUAUGUCAUGAGAAGAAUUGCUACCCUGGCUCAAAAAGAUGGCAUUCAGAGGACUGUUAUUGCAUCAAUCCAUCAGCCUAGUAGUGAAGUUUUUCAACUCUUCCAUAACCUUUGUCUUCUGUCUUCUGGUAGAACAGUUUACUUUGGACCUGCUUCUGCUGCAACUGAGUUUUUCACUUCAAAUGGUUUUCCUUGUCCUGCUCUCCAAAAUCCAUCUGAUCAUUUACUGAAAACUAUAAACAAGGAUUUCGAUCAGGACAUUGAAGUGGGUUUAGCAGGGACUGGAACAAUACCCACAGAAGAAGCAAUCCGUAUUCUUGUGACAUCAUAUAAAUCAUCUGAAAGGAACCAAGAAGUUCAAAACGAAGUAGCAGUACUAUCUGAAAAGGAAACCAGUUCAAUUGACAAGAAGAGAGGACACGCAGGCUUCCUUAAUCAGUGCUUAGUUCUUAUAAAGAGAUCGUCCGUGAACAUGUUUCGUGAUCUAGGCUAUUACUGGUUACGCCUAGCCAUAUAUGUAGCAUUGGCUUUAAGUUUAGGCACUGUUUUCUAUAAUUUGGAUACCAGUAAUGGCUCAAUUAAGGACAGAGGUUCACUUCUUGCAUUUGUGUCUGCAUUCCUAACUUUUAUGACCAUCGGUGGAUUCCCUUCCUUUGUGGAAGACAUGAAGGUAUUUCAACGAGAAAGACAAAAUGGGCAUUAUGGUGUCACUGCGUUUGUAAUUGGGAACACCUUUUCCUCUGUCCCAUACUUGUUGUUGGUUACCCUGAUUCCUGGAGUUAUAACUUAUUUCCUUGCUGGUCUUCAGAAAGGAUACGAGCACAUUUUGUACUUCUUGUGUGUUAUAUUUUCUAGUUUGAUGUUAGUGGAGAGUCUUAUGAUGAUAGUUGCUACUGUUGUUCCCAACUUUCUAAUGGGUAUCAUAACUGGUGCUGGAAUUCAAGGAAUCAUGCUUUUAAUUAGCGGGUUCUUUAGAUUGCCACAUGAUCUUCCAAGGCCAUUUUGGAGAUACCCAUCACACUAUGUUGCCUUCCAUACAUAUGCCUUUCAAGGACUGCUCAAGAAUGAGUUUGAAGGACUAAGGUUUGCUACAAAUCAAGGCUCACACAAUUACAUUAGUGGUGAAGAGAUUUUAAGAAAUACAUGGCAAGUUGACAUGAGUAUAUCAAAAUGGGUUGAUCUUGCAAUCCUUGUGGGGAUGAUUGUUCUGUAUCGUGUUCUGUUUUUCAUUAUCAUCAAGACUAUUGAGAAGGUGAAGCCUGUGGUUGUAUCACUAUCAUGCAUGUCAGGGUCUCCCAAGGGAACAAUACAGAUCGUGGAGAACCCCAAUGCCACUCCUUUACAAGGAGAGGUUUUAUAAAUUUGAAUGUAUUUAUUGUAGUUGGGUAGCCAUACCAUCCACCGACAGUGGAUUUAAGAAGUGGAGAAAUAUUAGCUUCAGACUUGUCUAGGUGUGAAAGAUCUAUAGACUGUUUUAGUGUUCUUAAUUAGUCUGCAUAUGACUAUGUGCUAAUUGUAAUAAACUAACUAGUAAUUU